AUGGGUCAUGGUUACAAAAGUCCAUCCUAUCAUUCUUUGAGAGUUAAUUUGUUGCGAAAUGCCAAGAGAGAUGUGAAAUUGGUUUUUGAUUCUUUUAGAAGUACUUGGACAGAAACUGGUUGCACUAUAAUGGGUGAUGGAUGGAAAGACACUAGGCAAAGACCAUUGAUUAAUUUUUUGGUUUAUUGUCCUAAGGGUAUUUCGUUCAUUAAAUCUGUGGAUGCAUCUGAUAUUGUAACAAGUGCAGAAAAUUUGUGCAAUUUAUUUGCUGAAAUUGUUGAGAUGGUUGGUUCAAAUAAUGUGGUGCACUUAGUUACUGAUAAUGCUAACAAUUAUAAAGCUGCUGGGUCUUUGUUAAGUGAAAGAUAUCUGAACAUUUGUUGGUCACCGUGUGCUGCACACUGCAUCAAUUUGAUUUUGAAAGACAUUGGUGAAAUGAAUGAUGUAAAAGCUAUAGUGUCUCUUGCUUCAACGGUGACUGUUUUUAUUUACAAUCAUAAGUUCACUUUGAAUUGGUUAAGAAAGACUACAGGGUGGAAAGAAAUUAUUCGUCCAGGUGAAACUCGAUUUGCAACUACCAUUAUUGCAUUAAAAAGUUUGCAUGAUCAUAAGGAUAGUUUUCAAUCUUUGGUUACUAGUGGGGAUUACAAACAAUUUCUGAGAAUAGAAAAAGAAAAAGAUGUGAAGCAAAUCGUUUUGGAUGAAAGGUUUUGGAAUAACUGUUUGAUUAUGGUGAGAAUAAUGGGUCCUAUCAUUCGUUUAUUGCAUAUUUGUGACAUUGAUGAAACGCCUUCAUUGGGUUAUGUUUAUGAAGGCAUGUUUAGAGCAAUAAAUGGCAUCAAAAGGCUGUUUAGAAAUAAAGAGAGAUUGUACAAGCCUUAUAUUGACAUCAUCAGUGAUAGGUGGGAUAGAAUGUUGAGAAAAAAUCUACAUGCUGCCGCUUAUUAUUUGAAUCCUGCUUUUCAAUAUGAGAGUGCCACAUUUUGUACACAUCCAGAGGUUAUAAAUGGCUUGCUUGAUUAUAUUGAAACAAAAGUGGAUUGA